AAGGUUAUGUUCCUCCUGUUCUCCAUGUUUCUGGAGCCCGUGUUUUCAGUGCAGAAUCAGAUGUGUGACAUAAUGAGGGAGAUAGACAAAGAGAGAGACGCAUGUGAGGCUCAAAUUGAGAACAGAACAACAGGUUGCAGUGGGACGUGGGACAAGAUCACCUGCUGGCCCAGUGCCGACAUCGGAAAGGUGGUUACCAUCCCUUGUCCUAAAUACCUCUUCUACUUCUCCAGGGAUGUCCUUACACGUAACCUGUCAAAGACCUGCACCGAGGACGGCUGGACCCCGAUCAGCAUGGACUACAUAAUGGACUGUGGAUACAAUCCCAACAGCACCAUUGAUGAUAACACGGGACACUUCUUCACCACCAUCAAAGUGGGUUACACCAUUGGCCACAGCGUGUCGCUCAUCUCUCUCACUGUCGCCAUCAUCAUACUGUGUCUCUUUCGGAAGCUGCACUGCACAAGAAACUGCAUCCACAUGCAUCUCUUUGUGUCUUUCAUUCUGAAGGCCGUAGCUGUGUUCAUCAAGGACGUGGUUCUGUACGAUGUUGGCGAGACAGAAAACUGCCAAUCAUCUGUUGGCUGCAAGGCAGUGGUGGUCUUCUUCCAGUAUGGCAUCAUGGCGAGUCAUUUCUGGCUGCUGGUGGAGGGCCUCUACCUCCAUGCCCUGUUAGCUGUCUCCUUCUUCUCGGAGAGAAAGUACUUUUGGUGGUACAUCCUGAUUGGGUGGGGGGCUCCAACUAUCUUUAUCUCGGCGUGGAUGAUUACAAAGGCAUAUUUAAACGAUCCUGGAUGCUGGGAGACGAUCGAUGAUGGUCCAUGGUGGAUCAUCAAAACACCGAUCUUAGUCACCAUACUUGUGAACUUUUUCCUCUUCAUUUGUAUAAUCCGGAUUCUGCGUCAGAAGAUGAAUUGCCCCAACAUCGGAAGAAAGGAAUCAAACCAGUACUCGAGACUGGCUAAAUCCACACUGUUGUUGAUUCCUCUCUUCGGGAUCAACUUCAUCAUUUUUGCAUUCAUUCCAGAACACAUCCACCCUCAAGUCAGGAUGGUGUUCGAUCUCAUUCUGGGCUCCUUUCAGGGAUUUGUCGUUGCAGUUCUGUACUGCUUUAUGAAUGGAGAGGUACAGUCGGAGAUUAAGCGAAAGUGGCGUAGAUGGAUGCUGCAGAGGUUCCUGGGCGCUGACACCAAGUAUCAGCAGCCCUCCAUUGGCAGCAAUGGCAACAACUUUAGCACCCAGAUCACCAUGUUUGCCAAAUGCAGCCCCUCCACUCGCCGGGCAUCCGCAUGUCAGGAGCACCUGUCAACCAUCUGAAAGUCCCUGUUUAUUAUACUUCCUCUUUCUCUCUCUCUCUGUUUCUUUCAUUGUGUACUGAAUGUGUGGCACACUGAUGCAAUGCAGUUGAUAUUGGUUGCUGAAAGUCAAUAUGACAUUUUAGUGCUCAAGCUAAUAUUUGUUCAUUGUAAUUUGAUCCAUUGCCCGUCAGGGAAAAAAGAGGCAAGUGGUCAGUGUUUUUCUUGCUUGGGCAGAAAGAGGACAUGAACAAGCAUGGAAACACUCCAUGUACUCAAUGAAUGGGAUAAAAAAUGUUUUUUAUCUUAACAUGGAGAAAUAACAGCCAGAAAAACAACAACACUCAUUUUCACAGUUUGGAGUUUAGGGAGCUUCAAGCAUUGCUCUGGCAGGUAAUAUGAUCUCUACAAUAAAGGUCAUUGUCACACUGAUGUACUGCUGCGUUGAGGUAAAAUGAUGAGUCACCCUCUGCUGACUAUUGACAAGUUGUUGAAAACCAAUUGCCAGAAUAACAUGAACGAAGAGGAGAGGGGGGAAAAAGAUCCUCAUGAUCACGAUGUGAGUUAAAAGGAGGCAGGAUUCCUGACCUGCAUUUUCCAUCUGAUGUUAGGCAAUAGAUGGAGCCAGAGAUGAGUUGAGUUCUAUAAGAAACAUGUAUAUGAAAAAGGGUUUGUUACACAAGAGGACUUCGAGCACUUAACCUAAUGGACACGUUGCUUCUGGGAGCGGUGGUAACGAGUGUCAGGCUGUCAAAGAGUAGAUACGGAGGAGGGAUCUAUAGCAUAACCAGCACACUGGACACUCCUGUCCUAUGUAUGACAGUUUUACUCAGGGCGUACACUCUGAUCUGAAUUACUGCCGGAUAACAUUCCUAAGGAGGGACUGCAGCUCCUGCUUGUGAAAUUUAUCUCAGUUUACAGAGGCUUUUAGUUUUCGUCUGAGGGCUUGGUCGCUUAACAGACGUUAGUUUUUACUGGUUCUGAAACUAAUGGACCAGAUGUAUUUCAUUAUAAGUCCACAAUACACCACGUUAGGAAUUAAUAUGUGGCAACAAUGAUUAAUUUCCAUUAAUGGGAAUGCAAGGGCAAUUCAUUUACUUGGAAUGAUAUGUAGUAUUCUGUUCUGUUCUAGUCUGUACUGGUCUAGUCUUUUUGGUUCUCUUCCAUUCUGUUCUAGUGUGUUCCGUGCUAUUCUUUUCUAGUCUAUUUUUUAUUUUAUUCUGUUCUAUACUAGUCUAUUCAUCCCAGUCUAUUCUAUUACAGUCUAGUCUAUUCUGUUCCAGAGUAAUUUAGUCUGUUGUCGUCUGUUCUGUUCUGCUCUAGUCGUGUCUGUUCUAUUUGGAAAGGUUAAAUAUGUACAGUAUGUAGUAUUGUUUUAUUUCUAGUAACUUUAACUUCAUACAGUAAGUUGUAUUGUAUUUUUUUUAUUCCAGCAGUGUUACAUUAUUGAUGUCCUGCUCAAUUGGUUGCUACAUUACUUUAGUCGAGACUGAAUCGUCUCAACAACUGUUGGGUAGUUUGCCCAGAAAUGUUUGUUCAGACGUUGAUGAUUCAGACGAGAUGAAUCUUAAAGACUUGAUUCCCCUGACUUUCCCCCUGAGGUUCAUAAGUUCUCAUUUGUGAUUUUAAGUGAAACAUCUACUGGAUAGAUCACCAUAAAUAUUUAGUUCAGUUUGAUUAAUGUUUUUAUUUAGCGCCAUCAGGUUCACUCUCAAAUCUCAAGACAUCCCCAUCAGCCUCAGCUGUACUUUAUGUGUAGUGCUAAUUAGCAUGCUAACAUGCAUGGUGGUGAACAGGGUGGACAUAAGCUAUCAUAACACAAACCCCUUUAUACACAGGCCUACGUUUAAAGCCACCUAAUUAGAUUAGACAAUUUUCCCGUUCAAGUAGCAACAGUGUUGAACAUUAACUUGAAGUUCCACCUUGUUCUUGUUUUGCAGUUGUGUGUAGAACUGAAACUAACUGAAAGUACCUCAGACUUAAUGUCACACACAGCUUUUGUAUAUGAGACUGUAGAUAGGCCUCAUGAG